CGCCCUCCACAGCUCCUUUCUCCAAGGAAGCGCUAGGCUAGGGCCCAGCAGGUGUGGGGUUAAGGGAGCCUGGUCGGGGCCCCAGGAGCAGCAGCAACAGCAGCAGCAGCGGCAACUGCACCAGCAGCGGCAGUGGCAGGCCUGGCCUCGAGCCAGCUGGCCGGGAGCCCCAGGAGGGAGAGAGGGCGGAGGAAGGGGAGGAAGAGGGGAAAGAGGAGGAGAAGAGCAGUCAGCAGGCCCGAGGAGGCAGGACUUCCUGGUGUGGGGGUUGUCAACAGCCCAGAAAGAGAGAGACAGAACAGAGAGUUGCUGAGCAGCGGAGAGACCCAGCGGUGCCACGAGGGAGGAGACUUGGGAGACCCACUCGCCCCGACCACCGAGGCGGCUCCACCUGGAGGAUCGGGGGGCUAAGCCUCCGCCUCCCGCAUCGGCCCAGAGACACUUGGGGUUUCAAAGGCCGCGCCUGGGCUCCACCAAGGAGGCGGGAGUUCCUUCUUUUCCGGAGCGCAAACUUUCCACGGAGAGAUGCCUUGUGGGGUAAGGUGCGGCCCCCGAAGAGGACUGGACAGCCUCUGAUAGCCGCCUGCGCCUCCCGCUCCGCUGGGGCCAGGAGGCCCCAGAGAAAGGACAGCCCGACAUCUUAGGUGUCCGAGACCCCCGGCUUGGUGGCUGAGGCCGAGAGUUUGCAAACUCAGCUCUGGAGUUCGGCAGCUACAGCAGCAGGAAAAACCUGCCCCUGCCCCCACCUCUCGCCGCCUCCCCUACCCUGUUCUCCCUUCACCAACCAGACACCCCCAGUUCCUGCAAGGCACUCCCACCAUGUCGGACUCAGAUGUCCCCAGGGGCCCUGACGUCCCCGCCAUGUGGCCCCCCUGUUCCAGGGGCGCCUGAGCCCCUUCGAAGAGCCACCACCGCCUCGCCCCCGCCCACCUUGGUCCAGUCCUGAGCCCCAGGGACCAUGAGUGGGGGCAAGAAGAAGAGUAGUUUCCAAAUCACCAGCGUCACCACGGACUACGAGGGCCCCGGGAGCCCAGGGGGUCCAGAUACCCCUGCCCUGCCAGCUCCCACUGGGCCCCCGCCCCGCCUGCCCAAUGGGGAGCCCAACCCCGAGCCAGGAGGCAAGGGCACCCCCCGGAACGGCUCCCCGCCGCCUGGGGCCCCUGCCUCCCGUUUCCGGGUGGUGAAGCUGCCCCAGGGCCUGGGAGAGCCUUAUCGCCGUGGCCGUUGGACGUGUGUGGAUGUUUACGAGAGAGACCUGGAGCCCCCUAGCUUCGGCCGGCUCCUGGAGGGGAUUCGAGGGGCCUCGGGGGGCGCUGGGGGCAGAUCUUUGGAUUCCAGGUUGGAGCUGGCCAGCUUGGGCCUGGGUGCCCCUACUCCACAGCCAGGCCUGUCUCAGGGUCCCACCUCCUGGCUCCGCCCGCCUCCCACCUCCCCUGGACCUCAGGCCCGCUCCUUCACUGCGGGACUGGGCCAACUGGCAGUGCCUGGCAAGGCCAAGGUGGAGACACCCCCUCUGUCGGCCUCCCCACCCCAGCAGCGCCCCCCAGAGCCCAGGGCCGGGGAUAGCUCCGGCACAUCCAGGGCUACCACGCCCCUGCCCUCAUUGAGGGUAGAAGUGGAGGCUGGGGGCCCAGCAGCUGGGAUCCCUCCACUGUCCCGAACUAAGGAUGGUGCCCUGCGGCUGAGGACGGAGUUGGUUGCUCCAGAGGAGAUGGGGCAGGUGCCCCCACUCGACUCUCGCCCCAGCUCCCCGGCCCUCUACUUCUUCCCCGAUGCCAGUCUGGUUCACAAGUCUCCAGACCCCUUUGGAGCAGCAGCAGCCCAGAGCCUCAGCCUGGCCCGCUCCAUGCUGGCCAUCAGUGGCCAUCUGGACAGCGAUGAUGAUAGUGGCUCCGGAAGCCUGGUUGGCAUUGACAACAAGAUCGAACAAGCCAUGGUUUUAUUCUGGAAACACAAAACUAAGUCAACUGUCUUGGAAUACCCUGACUCCAAGAAAAGUGCAUUGAAGGUAGAGAAGGCUCCCAGCAUGGUUGAAACUUUCAAAUUGGUUGAGCCCCCCAAAGAGGCUAAGGCCUCCAAAAUGGAAGUGUCCCCCAAAGCGGCUGAUCCCUGCAUGUUGGCCAAGACAACAGACGGGGCUAAGGUGGAGCUGGGCCAUAGGGGCCGGUCCCUGCUGCAGCUGCCCGGGACGGCCGUCAAGUCUGUCUCCAUGCUCAUGGUCUCGGCUCUGCAGUCCGGCUGGCAAAUGUGCAGCUGGAAGUCAUCUGUGAGUUCUACCUCAGUUACCUCCCAAAUGAGGGCCUGGUCCCCUUUGCAGUCCCCGGAGGCUGAGAUGCUACGGGAAGUGUACCUGGUGCUGUGGUCCAUUCGGAAACAACUGCGGCAGCUGGCCCGCAGACAAGAGAGGUGCAGAAGGCGCCACAUCUGGGCCCACACUUGCCCCCAGCCUGACACAGUUCAGGGCCUGAAACAGGAUGCACGGAGUCCUCUCUAGGGUGGAGCCCCACUUUAUCAGAAAGCCCCCCACCUCACUCUUAGGUAAGGUUGAUAGGAGAGGUUAGGGCAGUGGACCAGGAGUUGUGGGUGAGGAUAUGUUUUCAUACUGUCACCUCACAUCAGGAGCCCAGGGCCAGGCCUGGGGUCCCACACACUCCCCUUCAUUCUGUUUGUUCAAUUUGUAAAAAAUCAUCAAAAUGUUGGGAAAUAAAUAUCAGCUAUU